AUGUCAAUAUUAAAAGACUUAUCUACUGACCAGCACGUAUCUCAAAUGUCAUUCCUACCAUCGUUGUCGACUUCAAUAAGUGAAGCUUCGAGACAAGAACAAGAAGAAAAUGAUCAUUAUUCGUUAGCAUCAUCAGACAAAACUACAACAUGCAUGGAUCCAUUGUCUUCAGUCGCUGCUAGCAACCAACAGCAACUACAAACACAAUUCGAAGGUCAUAUAACACCACCUAUCAGCAAUGUGUCUCAUUUGCAACCUAUCCUACACAAUGUUAUAUCAACGGUGAAUCUGUGUUGUCAAUUGGACUUGAAACGAAUUUCUCUGCAAGUUCGCAAUGCCGAAUAUAAUCCAAAACGAUUUGCUGCUGUUAUUAUGCGCAUUCGAAAGCCACGUACCACCGGCUUAAUCUUUGGUUCGGGUAAAAUGGUGUGCACAGGUGCUCGAAGUGAAGAAGAUUCAUUAGAAGCAGCCCGACGUUAUGCUCGAGUGAUGCAAAAACUUGCCUUUCCAGUCAAAUUUCGCGAUUUCAAAAUUCAAAAUAUGGUCGGCAGUGUUGACGUUAAAUUUCCUAUUCGAUUUCAGAAUAUCGAACGGAUUGCACUCGAACAUCAUCAAUUCUGCAGAUGA